AUGGUUGCAACUGCAUUCAUAAUAGAUCGAUUUCGCGCCAUACUGGCAGCUGCUUAUAUUCUGCUGUUUCCCGUCAAUCUCUACAUGGACUACUUCGCCUCAGAUAUAUUGGCAAUGGCGUGGUGGUCAUACAUGCGAAUAAUGUUCACUAUAUCGCACGUGUUCAUUUCCGCAUCGGCGUUUCUGAUCGUUGCAGCAGCUUUUGAGAGGUACAUAACCAUCUCGAAAAUCCGUAAUCAAUUUGCUCGUCAUCAUCGACUCGCCAUCUGCUUUAUGGCCCUUGUUGUCCCGAAUGGUAACUGUACGGGUAUCACAUCCUUGACGGCCACCGUAAGCGAAUUCAGUGAGACGGAACCGUACAAGACCGCUUAUAAGUUCUGGUUCCGGAGCAUAAUCACAAUCAUUCUGCCUUUCGUCCUGUGUUUCUACCUCAACUUUGGCAUCAUUCGUUUACUUCGUGCUCAGCACCACGGGGCUAAACUCUUCCGUUUUGCCACUUCGGAACAUCGGGUAAGUGAAGUGUUCAUCUGGUCUGAGAAGAAGAAAGCUGUGUUCAGACUCUAG